UACCAAUAAUCAGUAUGGCGUCCAACCGAGAAGCAGCUGCUUGCGUCGUUUCAAAAUAUUGCGAGUUUGCGGGAACGCUGUAGUUCGUGCUUCGUAUCUUUCAGCUUUUAGUACGUCGUUGUGUCUUUUAUUAGAGUUUAUUAGCCGGUCGAUCAGCCGGUCUUCGAGCGCGAUGGCCGAUUUGACAGAGUUGAAAAUGAAUGUUGCUGCAUUGAAACGCGUCGACCCCUACGUUAAGGAUAUUCUCGAGACGGCGACCCAUGUAGCCCUGUAUACAUUCAACGCCGAGAACAACGAAUGGGAAAAAACCGACGUCGAGGGUGCUUUGUUCGUAUAUUCACGAAACGGGGAACCCUACAACAGCGUGUUGAUCAUGAAUCGGCUGAACACCAAUAAUUUGAUGGAACCUGUAACGCAAGGGCUCGACUUACAGCUGCAGGAGCCGUUUCUUCUAUACAGAAAUUCAAGCUGCAACAUAUUUGGAAUCUGGUUUUACGAAAAGGAAGAAUGCGUCCGCAUUGCGGCAAUGCUUAAUAAACUUGUCAAGGAUUCUGAGCAGACGCGAAAAUCUACUAAUAAGAUCAAGACGAAAAAAAACUCCGGGCCAAGUGUGAACAGUGUUGAUAUAUUUAGCAUGUUGAGUAAGGCCCAAGAAGACUUCAACACUAACAGGGGCGGGCCUAAGUCUCCAGGGAAUAACUCGUUGUUGGAAAACAUGACAGGUCCUUUAUCAGCACCUCUCGGACCUGAUGUUCCUUCACAAAGCGUUAUGGACUUCUUUGCCAAGGCUAAGGUGAACCCGGGACAUUUCAAAGCCGGUGAUCAACCUCCAACAGGCAACCCUGGUCCUACAGGACCUGUAGCACCGGAGACUAAGCCUUUAUUGGCGCGUCUGAUGUCAAAUCCAGCCGCACAUACUCUUGAACAUAUCGAAAAACAACAACGAUCUACAACGCCCCAGCCAGGACCUCCGUCUCAUUCUCAUUCUCAAUCUCAGUCAGCGUCAACUAUUCAGCCAAACAACGUAUCAGGGAAUAUAGUGAACAGAUCUAAAAGGCGAAAUCGCAUAACUACGACGAAUCUCGAAUCUGGGGCCACAACCGUAUCAACAGCUGUACCACGAGAACAGCCACCGUUGACAAAUGCCAAUUCAACUGAUACAAAUAGUACUUCAGGCUUUCUCAGGAUACAGUCUCCGACUAGCACCACGUUAAAUAAUCAUCAACAACCAUCCAUUCCUAACGCAAAUCCACUUGCGUCUUUAUUUGCACAUGCUACCGGACCUGCGGCAUCUGUGGAAUCGUCAACCUGUUCAGCAGUCGGAUCUGGCCCAGCAUUGAUGCCACCUGUUAUGUUUGCUGCCCCUAGUCCCCCAGAUCCAUUGACAAGACCGGUUGAGCCACUGACAAGGAAUCAGCUAUUGCAGGCUUUUAAUUACCUUCUGAGAAGCGAUCCAGACUUUGUCAACAAACUUCAUGAGGCUUACGUGAAAUCUUUUGGUGAGAUACUAUCUUAGGUUCAUUAUUCGGACCACAUUUAACCAGAACCGUCAUGCAGGAUGUGACGGACGGCAAUAUUAUACACCGACUGAUCGAUAGAACUAAACUAAAACUAUUCCUACAGCACACAUGUGUGUAAUAAUUGAUGGGAAUUGGUAUGUAAUGUUCGAAGUUCGUGAUUUUGACAAAACUCUCAAGUGAGUUUUACUUUCAGAGUGAAAAGGUAAUGAUUAAAAAAAAAAAAAAAAAAAAAAAAUGAAAAAAAAUA